CUAUAAGAAGUUUAAAGUUUGGUAAACAUAUUAAAAGUUGGUUAUAACUUGACCACAUUUUCAUUUGUCCAAUACCAUUUGAAGGCUGAACUUUCAUCUUCACUGACCCUUAAGCAGCAAAGGCUACCGGUAGUUUCGUCAAGACAAGAUGAAGGAAAACAAGUUCAAAGCUCAACAGUUCGAAAAGUAAAGUGUAGUAAAAGUACGCCAUCUUCUGUUAAAGUGAAUAGUCUGGAGGUCACGUGGUUGUUUCUCUUACUUUCUCAUCUUUCUUUUAACUUUCGGCAAAUAAUUUUCUUGAUUUUUGUUUCAAAAUAGAUCACUCAAUUAAAUUAAUUAAAAUCACUUUUGGGUUUGUUUUGAAUCGCUUUUCUAUCAAUGUACACGAAGAUUGAUAGUCAAUUUGGUCUAACUGUUCUAUAACAAGAACUAAAGUAUACAUCAUCUUCUUCUCAAAUUGAUUUAUCUCAAUCAACUAUAUAAGCUACAAUUGUUUCAAAUUAUAUCAAUUAUUAUUUCACCAAAAAGUCCUUUAUCUCUUUAUCGAGUUUCUUUCUCUCUUUCCUUUAACUCUCUUUUUUUCUUUCUCUUUCUCCUUCUGUUUCUGUUCUCCUUUCUUUUUAUUCCUGCUCUCUCUCUCUUUAUCUUUCUCUAUGUGAUUUUUAUUUUAAUAUGUCGACUGUAGCUAAAUACGAAGGGCCCUCUGCCCGACGUAUCAGUGGUACUGCCCUAGCAGUACGGACUCUUUCUGGUCAAACUAAAUUAUUAGUACCUGUUUCUGCUGCAGCAGCCACAGCUAAAAAACAUUCUCAUCAUAAACAAAUCUUGGUUGUACCAACUCCUGGUGGUGGAGCUCGACUUGCUACUGUCGCCAACAGCUCGUCAAAUUCUUCGCUUCUUCGCCAUACACAUCUUCACCCUCAUCAUAAUUAUUCCUCUUCUACCGGACCAAGUGGAGGUAUGAAAAGAGAUUCGCCAUCUUAUACUUAUAACCGUGAUGGUUAUAAGUCAAACACUGCUUCUAGUUCAAGGUAUAUUGGUAACCAUGAUAACAGCAACAAUAGUGCUAUUGAUACUGCACAAUUACUCCGUCAGCAACAAUUACAACAACAACAGCUUCGAGAACAGUAUUUGAAAUUGAAGAAAGAGGAGGAGAUGAUCCCCGAAUGGAAAAGAAAAGAGGACUUUUUUGCCGCUCUAGGCCUUGUGACCAAGCAAGCUUUAAAAGAAAUUCAAAAUAAAAAAUGUGAACGUAAACGUCGAACAACGGCUAAUCCACAAUUCAGUAAUGCUGCUAUUGAAGCUAAGCGAAUCAAUGCCAUGGAAGUUGCUGCCAAAAGAGCUAAACGUAAGGAAAUGGCCGCUGCUGAGAGACAUCCUUCAGCUUCUACUUCUGCUCCACUUACUCGUAUUGCCAGGAGAAAUUCUCAGAUGCCUAUUGUACCCAUUCAAUCAUCUUCUUUGCGGUCAUCUCUCAGACCAACUACUUCCAAUUCUUCUCAAUCAGCUGGAACAUCAUCUUCGUCAUCCUCCUUUCAUCAUAAAGCCAUCUUUAGACAGUAUCCAUCUUCGCCCUCAACGAAUAUGACAGUCGCACCAGAUAGAAGUCGUAAUCUAGUUGAAAGACUCAAAUCAAGGUACCAAUUACACUCAUCGUCAUACCAAUUUAUCCCUUCAUCAAACAAUAGUAAUACUUCUAAUAACUCAAGAUUGGUUAAUCUCAGUAAAAUAAUAACAGCCAAGACUUUGCACAGUUGUUAUUCCUGUUGUGAGGCUUGCGACCCUGACCUAGAUGCAAUUAUGUUUUGUAAAGACUGUCCAUGUUACUUCCAUGCAACUUGUGUAUCCAGUGUGGAUGAAAUUAACAAAACUAACACGGUACCUUGCCCUGGCUGUGAUAAAGAAACAUUUUUAACAUUCGAUGGUGUGAAACCUAUUCCAGUUUUUGAUCUCGACUCUAAUGCAGAGAGAGGCACCAAAUCGGAAAUGGAAAAACCUAUUAUAGAGGAAAUGGAAGAAGACAAUGAAGAUCCUGAAGAGGAAGAAGAUGACCGCAACGUAGUAGAGCUUGAUGAUAAUAUUGUGAGAAACAGCUCUAAUUCAAAGGUCCUAGCACAUACCCUUGACGAAAUUCAACGCAAAAUAUCAGAUGGUAAAAAAAGGCAAAUAAUUGUGAUGUCUAAAGCUGAUUUCCUCAAUAGUCAAGCAAACCUUCCGCAUGUGUCAGUCAAAACUAAAGAGACCUUAUUGAAUCGAAGGAACGAUAUCUUAAAGCUCAUUACCCAAGGUAAAAAUCGAUACUCUGAUCUUACCACUACACUCAGUAACUUAAAAGAAGAUAAAGUAAGACUACUGCAGGAGCGGGAUAAAAUUACGGAUUGCAUAAAGAAAUUAACAAAUGUUGUCAAAUUGGUCAAAGAUCCAGAUGAGGAACCGCCGAGCGAAAAUGAUGCAACUAAACCAUCCAUUCCUUCUCAAGAAUCUUCGGAGAAUAAUACCAACAAUAACAAAAACAACGAAACGACGCAAGAAAAGCCAACAGUUGAGAAGGCUGGUGGAAGUGAAUCCUCAUCUUCUGACGACGAUUCUAGCUAUUCCGAUGAUUCUGAUGACGAUGAAGACGACCAGGCAAAUGCACAAAAAAAAUCAGAUGAAGGUCCUAAAGGAUCACCUAAAGUAGUUGAAACUAUAGACGAAUCAAAUUUAGAGGUUAGAAUCAUCAAGAGUCCAGAAAACAAUGAAACAAUUAUGAGAGCACCAAUUAUACACGAUGAUGAAGACGAAAGCCUUAAGUCUCUUAAACGUCAAAUUGAUCAAGAGUUGUGCUCCAUUUUGAAGAAACAUAAUACAAACUCUGAUGAAAAGCAGCCUGUUGAGGUUGAGCAGAGCUCUUCUGAGGUACCGCAAGCAGAAAGUAGCUUUGUUGGCAAUGAAGAGCCAGUUGUUUUCGAUGAAAUGAAUAUAAGUGAUUUAAAUCUUGGCGGUGACGAAGUACUUAUAUCAACUGAAGAGGACGAAAGCAACCUUGUGAUUAUUGGUAAUGAACCAGUGACUUUAGAAAAAUGUAGCCAAUUCGAUGACGAAACUUCAGCUGCCGUUGCCUCUAUACAAGAUGUAUUGGACGCUGAUGCUUUAUGAUUCACAAUUACCAGUAUUUCACUCAAUUUACUUUUGGAAAAAAAACGUCUUCGCAUACUUGCUGCUCUGACAAUUAAAUUCUACUGGUCACUCAACACUCUGUAUGAACACAGUGAAAGUCUAUUCUCGUCUCAAUGAAAGGCAUCUUGUUACCUAAUCUAUUUGUUUUUUUGUUUAUGACCUCUUUACUCUUGUUUCUCUCUCAACUUUCUGCACAAAAGAUGACAGUGACAGUUAAUUUACACAUUUUUCAUGAAUAUACCGUGAUCAAAUUUUCAUCUACAAUGUGUUUUACUUCAGAAUGAAAGAUUAAUCCCAACGUAAAUGUUUUUUUUUCUUUUGAACUCCGAUUUUUCAUUUCUCAUCUGCAUUACACGGAUAUUUUCAAUCAUUUUUCGAAUAAAUAAUAUGGAUUACUUGUGAAA